AAUUUGCCAUCCAGCCCAAUACAACUGGCAAACAACUUUUUGACCAGGUGGUGAAAACAGUUGGUUUGCGGGAGGUCUGGUUUUUUGGGCUGCAAUAUGUUGACAGCAAAGGCUAUUCUACAUGGCUCAAACUGAACAAAAAGGUAACACAGCAAGAUGUUAAAAAAGAGAAUCCUUUACAGUUCAAGUUUAGAGCUAAAUUCUUUCCUGAAGAUGUUUCUGAGGAAUUAAUUCAAGAAAUAACCCAGAGACUUUUCUUCUUGCAAGUUAAAGAAGCCAUCUUAAAUGAUGAGGUAUAUUGCCCACCAGAAACUGCAGUUCUCUUGGCUUCCUAUGCUGUCCAAGCCAAGUAUGGAGAUUACAAUAAAGAGAUUCAUAAACCAGGCUACCUGGCUAAUGAUAGACUCCUACCCCAACGUGUAUUGGAACAACACAAACUAACCAAAGAACAGUGGGAAGAAAGAAUACAGAACUGGCAUGAAGAACACAGAGGAAUGCUAAGGGAAGAUUCUAUGAUGGAAUACCUGAAGAUUGCACAAGAUCUGGAAAUGUAUGGAGUCAACUAUUUUGAAAUAAAAAAUAAAAAGGGGACUGAAUUAUGGCUAGGUGUUGAUGCUUUGGGUCUGAAUAUUUAUGAGCAUGAUGACAAGUUGACACCUAAAAUUGGUUUUCCCUGGAGUGAAAUCAGAAAUAUUUCAUUUAAUGUCAAAAAAUUUGUUAUCAAGCCAAUCGACAAAAAGGCACCCGAUUUUGUUUUUUAUGCACCUCGUCUGAGAAUCAAUAAGAGGAUUUUGGCCUUGUGUAUGGGAAACCAUGAACUGUACGUGCGAAGAAGGAAGCCUGACACCAUUGAAGUGCAGCAGAUGAAGGCUCAGGCGAGGGAGGAGAAGCACCAGAAGCAGCUGGAAAGGGCACAAUUAGAGAAUGAAAAGAAGAAAAGAGAAAUAGCAGAAAAGGAAAAGGAAAGAAUAGAACGUGAAAAGGAAGAGCUAAUGGAACGUCUACGGCAAAUUGAGGAGCAGACCCUGAAAGCCCAGAAAGGGCAUAUAAUAAAAAUAUUAAUGAUUUACAUUAAGAAAACUACUCAAGUAAAGAAGCACCAAAGACUAUAAGGAAGAUAGAAAGUAAGGAAGACAUAGAGCACCCAGUCAAGACAGUUUCAGAUCAGUCGUCUAAGGCCAAGGACAUCCAGUUUGGUGUUGAGUUUUCUUUCUUCCUAAUAAAGCUGUCUCAG